CAUACGCCAGCGCGCCGCCGCUCGCCGGCCGCCCGCCGGCCUCCACUCGCCGGUCAUCCCCGCCGGCACGCCGUUGCCCACCUACGCUUGGCUUCACCGGGCCGCCCACCGGCACCAACACCCCGGCUGCCCGCAGAGGCACCAUCACAGGCUUCGAGCUGUACGCCGCGCGCGCGCCUGUGAUGCGCAGCUUUGAGAUACACCGCCGGCGAACAAG